AACUCCUGACAGGAGGGGACAGCCGGGGGGGUCGGGCUCUGCUCCCAGGGAACAGGGACAGGACAAGGGGAAACGACCUCAAGCUGUGCCAGGGGAGAUUUAAUUUAUAUAUAGAUAGGAUAGAUGGGAAAAUUCCCUCACACAAAGCAUGGUCAGGCACGGUCACAGGCUGCUUGGGGCAGUGGUGGAAUGCCAGCCCUGGAAGUGUUCAAAAAGCUGCGUGCAUGUGGCACUUGAGGGCAUGGUUUAGUGGUGGUGCCGGGGGAAUGACUGGACUUGGUGGUUUUAGAGGACUAUUCCAACUUUUACAAUCCCACAGUUCUAUGAUUCUUUAGAUCCUGGCCCUGACCCCCUGCAAGGAUGGUAGGAUGCUCAGGUGUGGGUCUGCGAUGGGAUCAGUCCCCCUUGGCACCCUGUGGCCAUAGGACAGCCUCUGGGAUGAGACCAUGACCACAUCCCACCAUUCACCUUUGCUUUUCUAACAAAAAUUCUGGAAUUAAUCAGCCCUGGGGUCCUGUAUUCAUUUGUUGGUUUCAUUAACACAUUUUAGGUGGUAUUUAUUUUGUCGUUUUGGUGACCUGAGAUCAUUGCAUUGGUGCUCUCAGGGAAAGGUGGAUGUUUUCAGCAGAAAUAGGUGAUUUUAGGCACUUGAUGAACAGAGACUGCAUGAACAAUGCUAAGAUUUUUCUGUUAAAAUUAGCAGCAGUGAAGCAGUUGACUGUGAUGACAUUUGAUAUUUCAGUCUGUUGAAAUGAAUAAGGUAGAUGCAUGACAAGUCAUGGAUUUGGGAAUAUGAGAACAUUAACAUAACAAUAGUUGAUCAGCCGGGUUUUCAACUAUCAAGAUAUUUUGUACAGUCUGAAAGUCUUAUCAGAAUCAUCUCUGCCAUGUCUCAAGCAGCCAAAGGGUAGAUCAUUUGACCUGAGCUAUAGCCAGAGGAGAUGGGUGCAUAAAACUAUGUCAAUUUAAAAAGCUGGGGAAGGUGUAAGAGGAAAAACUGACAAACUAGACAAGAUUAGGAUGACAAGUAUUUCUACUCCAUGAGAAGUUUUUCCAGAGGAUUGUGGCUAUCUUUAAAAACAAUCUCAGUGAGAAAUAAGUGUGUGUAUGAAGAGUCAGUUGACAGUUCCUCUCUGCAAUGUCCAGUGGAUGGACAGACCUUUAGGGACAGCUGUGCAUGGACACUGAGAAUGUCUUGUAGCAAUACUCAUAACAACUCUCCCUCUUUUCAAUGGAAAAAACAGGGGGCUGUCUUUGAUAUUUUUCCUUGGACUGAGUUUUCCCUUUUACUGCAAAACUGCAAAGUGCAUCCCAAGGCUUCCCUGUCCCGAGGGAUUUUGUUGGCAGUGUGGUGCUGGAAGCACAGUGUUUGCAGGUCCUGAACACAGCCAGCACUGGCCCUCACUGCUCCAGAGAUCCUCCAACCCCCAGCAAGAUCUGGAGGCCACAGAGGGACAUCAUUUCUCCUUCUUUGACCAGAGGGAUAACCUCAGAGACCUGGAGUCUGUGAAGAAGCAGGAUCUCAGAAGAAUGAUAGAACAGUUUGAUGUGGAAAGGACCUUACAGAACAUCUCAUUCCACCCCCUGCCAUGGGCAGGGACACCUUCCACUGUCCCAGGGUGCUCCAAACUCCAUCCAACCUGGCCUUGGACACUGCCAGGGAUGGGGAUCCGCAAUUCCCCAGAUUACCCCACUGUUUACAUCCCUGCAGGGUCGCUGCCAUGGUACUGAAGGUGUUCUUUCCAUCGUGCUGCUCCUCAGCAGACAGCGGCAUUCUGAUCGGCCGCUGGAUCUCCGAGCAGAACUCUGCUGUCAUCCUUGCUGUGGUACACUUCCCCUUUAUCCCUGUCCAGGUGAAGCAGUACCUUGGGGAAGUUCAGCGCGUGACUAAAGUCAGUGUUUCUGUGCUUGGCUCAUGGAGCAAUAGCAAACAGGGGAAAGAAGAGAGUCUCAGUGAGUUCUUGGAAGACCUUGGGACCAUAUUCUGCCACGAGCCAUGGAUCCAGAUAAGCAAAGAGGGAGACAGCAAAUUCUGGAGCUGUUCUAUCCUUCAAAAACAGUCUAAGAACCCUCAGGAGGAAGAAAUCAUCUUGGUGUACUAUGACCAGCGCAAGGUUAUGCUUUCCCAUCUGCACCCCCCUUUGGAGACAGCUGGCCAGAGGGCAGAGGAUGCCUCAAAGCUCUCGGCCAUCUUUGACACGGUGGCCAGGAGCCAGGUCCUGUUCAUGACAGACAGGUACGACGAGGGGCCCAUCAAGCUGACCCACUGGCAGUCGGAUGGGGUGGAGGCCAGUAUCAUCGUGGAGCUGCUGAAGCAGGCCUCUGUGCCUGCCUGCAUGCUGCUGACAUUCCUGCUCUCACUGGUCUCUGGGAUCUGCAGGAGCAGGGUGCUGAAGUUUUGGCCUUUGUCUUUCUUGUGGAGCAAACUCUCAACUUGUGAGCAGCUGGGGCAUCGCCUGCAGCACCUCCAGAUCAUCAGCAGCAACAAGAAGGCUCAAAACCAAAAUCAGCUGAUGAGGAAAGCCAACAUCUUUGUGUCUCUGCUGAUUGAUGUGGCCCUGGGGAUACUGCUGAUGUCGUGGCUGUACAGGAAGAACCGCAUUGGUCACCUUGCUGACACUCUCAUCCCUGUGGCUGAUCACGUGGCUGAAGAGCUGCAGGACCUGCUGCAGUGGCUGAUGGGAGCACCAGCUGGACUGAAAAUGAACCGAGCCUUGGAUCAGGUUUUGGGCCGCUUCUUCCUUUAUCACAUCCAUCUUUGGAUCAGCUACAUCCACCUGCUGUCCCCCUUCAUUGAGAUGAUCCUGUGGUACGUGGGGCUGUCGGCUUGUCUGGGCCUGACCGUGGCUCUCUGCAUCCUCUCCGACAUCAUCGCGCUCCUGACCUUCCACAUCUACUGCUUCUAUGUCUACGGGGCCAGGCUCUACUGCCUGAAGAUCUACGGCCUGUCCUCUCUGUGGCGCCUGUUCCGGGGCAAGAAGUGGAAUGUGCUGCGGCAGCGGGUGGAUUCCUGCUCCUAUGACCUCGACCAGUUGUUUAUUGGGACUUUGCUGUUCACAAUCCUGCUGUUCCUUCUGCCUACAACUGCACUGUAUUAUUUGGUGUUUACCCUGCUCCGGUUGCUGGUGGUGGUUGUGCAAGGCCUCAUACACUUGCUGGUGGACCUGAUUGACUCCCUGCCACUUUAUUCCCUCAUCCUUCGCCUCUGCAGAUCCUACAGGCUCGCAGCUGGAGUGAAGUUCAGAGUCCUUGAGCAGCAGGAUGGAAAACCUCUGCGGCUCCUUAUGCAGAUCAACCCCCUCUCCUACGGAGCUGUGGUCCAGACGUACAGACUGCCCACCUACAGCUGCUAUCCCAGGGACUCCUGGGCAUCUCUCUGCAAGAAACUGUUCCUUGGAGAGCUCAUCUACCCUUGGAAACACAAAGGAGACAAGCAGAACUAAAGACAGUGGAAGAACUUAGAAACUUGAUCUGAAAAACACACUGACUCCUAAUGCUUUGGGACCAAAGGCUGCUCAGAGCCAGCAACUGCUCCAUCCCUUUAAAUAGAUUUUGGUAACAUAGGAAGGGCUGAAUUUUUAAAGGCAAGUAUUUUUAAAUAUUAUUUUUCUCUUCCCCUACACUGUGUUUGUAUAUUAUGCUAAUGAUUAUUUUGGAAGCAAAAGGUUAAACCCAUCAGUGCCUCAUGAAACCAGCACUCAGUGUCGUGGAGGGAGCAGCUCCCAAAUGUUUUGGUGAUGAAUUUCUCCUUCCCUGUCAGCUCACAGGGCCAUAGCAGAUCAACCCCUUACGUGGUUUGGAGCCACAAUGCUGUGGUGCCUUCAGCCAGAGCAUGUUUUGGAUCUUUUAUGCUUCAGCCCUCAAGCCAGCUGAUCAAAACCAUGUGGAGAAUCAGGUCCUGGAGUCCUGCACUGAAAACUGAGCAGCUGGGUGUCUGAGUUCAUGGGAUAUUUAUUAAUUUCUUUUGAGGAGGGCUUGCACUCACCCUCACUGCAGUACCAGAGGUGUUGGAAGACCAAGGCUGGAGGCUCAGAAGCACAAAGUGUUUUAUCAUGAUUUGUGAUUUCUCUUAGGAGAGUAGUUUGCUUUGGAUACAUUUCCAAAGUGCAUGAGUGCUUGGCUUUUCAUGUUCUGGUCUCAUUUUGAUGUGUCUCCUAUUCUCUCUCUUGGAAAGGGUGCCUGUGCACUGGAGGGUGUCCCAUGGGGCAUGCAGUGGUUGUGCCAAAUUUAAACAGUCCUUACCCAAAAUACACUUCCUCCAGCUCUGCUCAUUCCUCUGCCCCAACUCAAACGAGGAGUCAGUGUCACUGUACCCUGCUUUUUGCACUGGCACAUGAGGGCUCUGCUGGAUCCUGCCCCUUUUCCCCUGGCUGCCCAAGGACCCAGGGAUGGAGGAAGAGGAGAAAGUGCAGUGGCUGCAGUGCCCAGCCCUUCUCUGGAUGGCUGCCUCUGUGCACCAGUGGGCAUUGGCAGGGCAAGGUGCUCUGGGGCUUUAGGAGCCUUCAGUCAGCACUGCCAGCAAGAGGGUCAGAGUUUCCUACCCCAGCCCUGUGUCCCAUCCAUGUGCUGGCAGCUGUCACAGAAGAGAAGGGAUAUGCCCCCCCCUGCUUUAGGACAUCCCUGGCCAGAUGUAUUUGGGUUGUCUGGAGCUGCUGAAAGCCCCUCAUGGUGCAGUCACUGCCUCUACAGGCAUAGCCUGAGCAGGAGAAAAGGAAGUUCUGCAGGCAGGUGCAUGGUCCAGACAUUCCUUAGCAGGCAAAGCUCCAAGGCCUUUGAGGUUUCUUAGGAAAGGGAGGCAGGACUACAUGGGCACUACACUGCUCACCCUGAGCCAGGGCAAAUCACUGGGGAAAGCCAGUGUGGCAAAGCUCCCCUCACCAUCUGCCAUUGAGGCUCUGGCUGGAACAUCCCUGCCUGCAGAAACUGCAGAGAGCUUGUUCUUUGAUGAUCUGUGCUUAAAACUCCUGUGCAGUAUCUUCUUGUCUUGGAAUGAUCACUACCUGAGGAAUUCUCUGCACUCCAGGUGGGAAUAACUGCAGGCUGUGAUGCAUUUAGUGGAUGAAUUGUCUAAAUAACAUUUUCUCUUCAGCUGAAGUCAGAGUCAUGAGCCCCAUCCUCACCUGGCACUGAGCAGAGCAGUUUACACCUUACCUCCUUCUCAUCUCUCCCGUGGAGCUCCUAAAUGAUAUCCCCUGGUUCCUCCCACGCCUGCACAGUUCAGUUUGCUGACUGCUCUGAGAAACUUUGUUAUUUUUGAUCUUGUGAAAGUAAUGUUUCUAAUAUCCUGGCUUUUAAAUCUUUCUGUGGGACCGGACAGGUCAUGAUGGUCCUGGUCAUCCUUGGGGUUCAAAUGCCACGAUAGCCCCAGUGAGAGCACAGAGCCACAAAAACCAGCAGCUGUGACCUUCCUACUGGGAACCUGCCAGAUGUAUCAGAUGUUCCAGUGUUGGGUUUGUUUACUAAAGGCUGAUACUGACUCUGGGGUGGGGAAAUACCAAACCAAGAAAAACCUCCUCCUCAAACCUGAGAUCCUGACUCUCAGAGAACCUUGAGCAGCCCAGCUGGGCAGUGGCAGCUCCUUGUGCUUGCAGUUGUGUGUCGCCCAGAGCUGGUGCCUGAGCUGCCUCUCUGCUCCUUGCACUGGGUGUUCUCCUUGCCUGCAAUGGUAUCUGAGCAUCUGAGUUGCUUCUGCUGGAUGUUUGCCACGUCUCUCCUCUUCCUUUCCAGUCCCUGCUGAAAGAGUCUUCCCCCACCCUUUCCGACUCUGUGCAGAGACAUUACAACAGUGUAGCAGACAUCCUGCUCAAGAGCACUUGACCUUAUGUCAUCUCUCUAAUUAGAAGUUAGGAUCAGCCUCAUCUUCCACGGCAGCACAGACUGGCCCAGUGCUGGCAUUUCCUCAGGGAAGAGGCUGCUGGUAAGGCUCUUGCUCUGAUUUAUCCUCAGAUCCAUAUUAUCCAGAGCAUCCCUUGGAUGAGAAGUAGUUAAAAAUUCCAGAUCUCCCAUUCCUGCCACGCACCCCUUAUAGCAGGCAGCAAGCAGGCUUUGCCAGCCAUCAGUCAAAGACUCUAAUCUUACGGGCUUUUUUUAAUACAUUUAAUGCAUUUUCUUAUUAUUAUUUCUCCCACCUUUCGGUUCCCAGUGCUGCUACAAACCCCUUCUUUACUUAGGCAGGGGGUUUGUGAAGGAAAAUGUGAUUCACUGUGUGAAAAACUCUAUCCUGAAAAGAAAUUCUGCCUUGGAGAAAUACUUUCUUCCCCUAACCAGGGGGGAUGAUGCUGAAAGGAAACCUCAGUAAUUACACUGCACUGAAAGCUCUGGUUAUGGGUUUGGGAGUUUUCCCUGAUGCUGCAGCUGGACUGUGCCCUGUUCAGGCCUGCACAAAGACUGUUGCAAAAUAUACAAUCCAUAUGUUGACUUCCAGCAGUGUAAGGAAAAUCUGCAUUUCACCCUGCAGAGAAUGAGCUGCUUUCCUUCUGCCCUGUGCUGCCUCUUCCUGCUGCUCCAACACCAUUUUCUUGCUUAACCCUAUCCCUCAGUGAUUUAGCCUUUAUGCUUAGACCUGCUGGUCACAUGGUCACAGGAAGCUGCUGGAGGUUGUGAUCCUCUGGUCCAGCCCCUGCUCAUGCAGGGCCACCCAAGGCUGGUUGCCCAGGACCGUGUCCAGAUGGCUUUGGGAUAUCUCCAAGGAUGGCAAUUCCAACCCCUCCCUGGACAGCCUGUGCCAGUGUUUGCUCACCCCCACAGUGAAAAGGUGUUCCCUGCUCUCAGGCAGGGUUUGAUGUGUUUCAGUUCAUGACCCUUGUCCUUGUGUUGUGCAGAGCUCAGCGACACCCUGACUCAGAUUGCCUCAGUGGAUGUGAACAUCAGCAGUCCUGUGUCAUCUCUGCUCCUGUUCCCCCCUUUCAGGCACUGCUCAGCAGCCCCUUUGCCUUUUGGGGGAUAAAGCCUUGGUGAGGGGGGAUUGCCUGUGCAUUGACUCAGAUCCCUGACCUGCUCCUUGGUUCUUUUCUGGACUUGGUAGCAGAGAGCCCUUUCUCUCCAGCCACGCUCCUGCCUGUGCUGAGCUCACAGUGGGAGCAGCACCCCAAACCUGGCAGUGUCCAGGCCUGCAGGGUCAGGGAACAGCCCCAGUGUGGAGCCCUGGGGCUCUGCAGGGUGAGUGUGCUGGGUCUGGAUCUCAGCUGAUCUUCCACAUGACAGGAGGCCACAGGGCUUCCCAGCUGGAUUGGGAGUUUUGGGUGCAGGGUAAACAUGUUCAGAGCAAUGCAAGCCCCAUGUGGGCAGCUGAUCUGCCUUCCUGCAUGACAACUGCGUGCCCACCACCUUUGCCUCUGGCUCACCAUUUUGCAUUUGGGGUUGCUGCAAGAGUCUGUCACCUUUUCCUCCAGCCCUUAGCCACGCCUGGGCCUCAAACCAGGACAGCUCAGACUCCCCAUUUACCAUCUCAGCAAGCUAAAUAUGAGGAGUGUUCCUGCACUGAUGAGUGCUGCAGGUGACAGGACACCCCCCUGCAUUCCCAGGCAGGUACUGGGGCUGGGAGCAGUGGAGGUGUUUGGGGGAAGCUGCAGAACCCAGGCCAGCUCAGGGCAGGGACAGGCUGCAGCUCCUCUGCCAUCCACUGUUAUUUAACAUGUGUCACUGGGGAAGUUCGUGAGAACUUCACAGUUCUUGUAAUCAAUCCUCCUCACAGUGUUUUCUGGUUUUGAGUAAAGUAUUAUAAAAGA